CAAAACCUUAAAUCUAUCGCCAGAACAGGAGCCGUCGCCCCCUCAGAAAAAUAACCUCACCCUCGUUUCUCUUUCCUCUACCAGACCGACCUCCAUCGUUUGCCUUCUCCUUCUCCAUUGAUUCCAGCCGCCAACCCUAAAAACAUAAACAGCACAGAACACAUCCACCAUCUUCCCUCUCUAUUACCGAUCCCAAAGACCAGCCACACACUGUCCCUUUCACUGUGUAGCAGCAUCUCCUUCCCCCAUCGGCAGCGUCUUCUUCUCCCUCGAAAGACUACCAACAGCAACGGAGAAGCAGCACCCGCAGACCCAGCAACGAAUUUCCUUCACCACCAGCCGCAGCAGUGCCGCCCCCCUUUUCCCAGCAGGGGUGCCCUUGUCUUGAUUUGAUUCCAGAUUGGUUAAGCAAAACAUUACUUCUAAAGAACUUGGAGAACCGCUUUUCAUUUGCAGGCAAGCGUUGGAUUCGGCUUACCUUCAGCUAGCUUAGCGUACAGUAGAACAGCAAAAAAACAGAGCAAAAGCGGAGAAAGACGCAGAAAGAAAGAAAGAAGCAGACAGGGAAUUGACACAGGCAACAGCAACAACAAAGGUUAAGUUGGUGAUAUAGAGUAUGAGUGGUGCUCCUGUUAAAAGAUCGCAUGAAGAGGGUGGUCAUUCUUCUUCUUUGAAAUUCUCUCCUCAUGAAGAUACAGGUUCGUAUCUCAUGCUGACAUCAGGGGUUUCAAAUGAGUACCAUCUGCCACAUGAGAUUGGUCUGGAUUUUAGGGUGGCUAAGAUUCCCAGAACUGAAUCUCGAGAUGUAGAUAGAAGAUCACCUUUGCAUUUGAUGUAUCAAAUGCCACCAUCUUCAAAUGAAUCACACAUGGAUUCUCAUUUGAAUGUUGCUCCUGAAAGAAGGACUGAAUCAAGGGAUUCCAAGGACAGCAGAGACUACCGGAUUGAAAACCGUGACCCAAGGACUGAUGCAAGAGAGAUGUAUGGUGAGGUAAAGAGGGAUUCACAAAGUGUUAAACAUGAAAAGGAUGUGAGGUUUGAGAGUAGAGGGGAUGACAAUAAGGAAGUAAAGCAUGACAGAGAAGCUCAUAUUGAGCCGAAGAAUGACAUGAAGAUAGAAAAGGAUGGUUUUGGUCCUGCAAGUAGUCAGGUGAAUUGGAAGGAACCAAAAGAAUACCAUAGGGGAAAGAGAUAUUUGGAAUCUGCAGGUGGACAUGUGGAUCCUUGGCAUAUAUCACGUGGAAAUUCCCAAGGCCCUGUUGAGAUUGGAAAGGAAGGUGUUAGUAUUGAGGAAAGGGAUCAUGCCAAAGUUCAUGAGGCAGUUGGAGAAAAUAAAGUUGAAUUGAAAGGUGAGGAUAGAUUUAAAGACAAGGAUAGGAAGAGGAAAGAUUUGAAGCACCGGGAAUGGGGAGACAGAGAUAAGGAAAGAAGUGACCGAAGGGGAAGUAUGCAAGUAGGCAACAGUAGUGCUGAAGGAAGAGUCGGUGAAGGAAGAGAGAGGUGGGAGUGGGAGAGGAAGGAUCUGUCAAAAGACAGGGAAAGGUUAAAAGAGAGGGAGAAGGACCACAUGAAAAUAGAAUCAGGAACUGGAGCUGAAAAGGAGGGUUUGCACACUGAAAAGGAAUCUGUGGAUGGAUCUGUCAGAAUUUCAGAACAGGAAAAUCCAGCUUUGGAGCCAAAGAAACAGAAAGAUUUUGAUAACUGGAAAAAUGUUGAUAAAGAAGCUAAAGAUAAAAAGAAAGAAAGAGAAGCUGACAUAGAAGUAGAUAGACCUGAGAAGGGCAGCACGAUGUGCAGGAAAGAAUCUGAUGAUGGAUGUGCAGAUGGUGAAAUUGCAACUGAAAGGGAAAGAGGAGUUUUUAACUAUGGAGUCCAGCAGCGCAAGAGGAUGCUUCGGCCGAGGGACAGCCCGCAAGUGGCAAAUUGUGAACCCCGUUUUAUGUCCCAUACUCAGGACUGUGAGGGAUGUCAAGUUCUCAUGCAUACAGGCUACUUCCGUCCCACUGCUUCUCCUCCUCCACCGGCCAUCCAAGAGUUAUGUGCUACUAUCAGAGUGUUGCCUUCACAAGAUAGCUACAUUUCUAUGCUGAGAAAUAAUGUUCGUUCACGUGCCUGGGGAGCUGGAAUUGGUUGUAGCUACCGUGUUGAGCAUUGCUGCAUCGUGAAGAAAGGAGGUGGAACCAUUGAUCUUGAGCCCUGUCUUCCACAUACAUCAGCAGUGGAACCUACUCUUGCUCCUGUGGCUGUCAAACGGACAAUGACUACCUGUGCUGCAGCUUCGUUUGAUUCCAGAUUGGUUAAGCAAAACAGUAACUAUAAAGAACUUGGAGAACGACUUUUAAUUUGCAGGACGAGAGAUGAAAAACGACUUUUACACACUUGGAGAACCUUUUUUUACAGGCAGACACGUCCAGGGCUAAAGAAGAGGAUGGAAUCAGGAUAGAUUUUGUCGAUGACAAACUUAAGUCUAGAGAUUGCAUCUGUAGUUUUUUUUAUCUGUUGGGUUAUAUAAUGUGUAUGGAUAUGCUCGUCAGAAGAAAGAUAAUAUAAUCAAGAUGUGUCAUUUUCUUGUUAUAUAUGUGUGGUGAUUUCAAAAUUAAUAAAAAUGUAGAGUGCAUGGCAAUGGUA